UUUGUGUGUUUUGUUGCAGUUGUAAAAAAAAUGUCCUCUAAAAUGGCGGGCUCAAACAACCUGACACAUGCUAGGAGGAUGGUCCAGCAACUGAAAGUCGAGGCCAGUAUCGAGAGGAUAAAGGUAUCCAAAGCCUCUGCUGAUCUCAUGCGUUACUGUGGAGAAAACGCCAAAUACGACCCCCUGCUCAUGGGCAUCCCUGCCUCAGAAAACCCCUUCAAGGACAGAAAGCCCUGCACUAUAUUGUAGUGUAUGCUCGUCUUAUUUAAUUACUCAACUUUGCCUUAAGUCCAGCUCUAGCUCCGUAGUAUAACUUUGUGCCAUGUCUUAACUAUAUUUAGCUCUUACAGUAUUUAUUACUGUAAAUAAACUCCAAUCAGUACUAAUUAGUUGCCAUUUUGGUUGCCUGUUUGGUUGUUUGGGCCAAACUGAAGUCAUUCCAGGAAAUAACACCGUUUUAAAACAUCUAAACUGCUUGAAUUAUGUGAUUAAUUUCCUCUUUCCACCGAAUGGUGCCUUUAGUUACACUUUUCAAAGAUAUCGUCAUCACGUUAUUAUAUAAAGAGCUUGCAGAUACACUAACUGUUGAAAUCCCUCUUAAUGUCUAAUAAGUAGACGUGGGUUAAAUAUUCCUCUUGUAGCUUCUAUGAAUAAUGUCAUAGCAAAGGGACUGACUGAAAUAAGUGGAAUUUAAAGAUCCAUUUUUCGUACUGGAUAAUGUGUUUGAUGUGGCUUCUGCAAUCACCAAUGGCCAAGUGCAUGCUGGGUAAAUUAACAAUAUAGUAAGCGAUAUCACAUCACACAAACACUGAUUUGUUCUCAAUGAAAGGCCCAAGUACCACUAUGUGCAAAGCCAUAGA